GUCGCAAUCCUGCAGUCACGUCUCGACAUCAGGCGCAAACGCAGGAUGCCUUCGAGUCUCACUUCUCUCUUCUGAGCGAAGCACUCGUUCUUGGCUUGUGCGUCUGAGCGCUCAAUAGCUGCGCCGUGUCUUUUGAUGUCACUCCCUCAUUACCACGUUCUUUCCGCAACUCUGCGACCCCGCCAUGACCUCUCCAGAGCUGGAAGCCUUCGCUCGAGCGAUCUCGAGAUGCUUGGGGUGGGCCUAUUUCCUUUUCUGGUCUGGUAGCUUCUACCCGCAACCGAUAUCGAAUUAUACGCGCAAGUCGACGCUCGGUCUUGCAAUAGACUUCCCCACGCUGAACGUCCUCGGCUUUUGCAUGUACACCAUCUCCACAGCCUCGUUCCUGUACUCGCCCACUAUACAAGCGCAGUACGCGCACCGACACCCUGAAGCACCAGAGACGACUGUGCGCUUCAACGACUUCUUGUUCGCGGCGCAUGGCGCUGUUAUGUGCAUAGUCUGCUACAGCCAGUUCUUUCCUCGGGUAUGGGGGUUUCAGGUUGGGAAGACACAGAGGGCUAGUAAGGCAAUCCUGGGCAUAUUCUGGGGCUGCGUCAUAGCGAUCGUCUGGAUUCUCCUUAUGGUCCGGUGGAGAGGAAGGGACAGUGGAUAUGACGCUGAUACCUGGGCGUGGAUUGACGUGAUCUAUGUCCUCGGGUAUGUCAAGUUGAUCACUGUGAUAUGCAAGUACAUCCCACAGAUGUGGGUAAAUUACAAGCGCAAGUCGACUGUAGGUUGGAGCAUCUACCCUAUGCUCAUGGACUUUGCUGGAGGGUGGCUUUCAUUGGCUCAACUGGUCAUUGAUUCGUGGUUGCAACACGACUGGACGGGCCUGACUGGCAAUCCGGUCAAAUUCGGGCUGUCAAAUAUUACCAUUGUGUUUGACAUCAUCUUCAUGCUGCAGCACUACGUGCUAUAUCGCGGCUCAGAGAAGCACCUGGAGGAUGAAGAGGAGCUCGGGGCGUCAUGGGACGCUGAGCGCGAGCGGCUGAUAUCUGAGCGAGUUUCGUAGUUUCGCAAGCAUUUGCAAAAGUAAACGGCAUAUAGCCGCACUCGGCCCGCACCUCGAGAUAUCCCAAGGUAAUACCCUGACAGAGCCUGUAAGAGCUCGGCUGCCCAGACGGCCCUGUGCACGUCUGCACUGGUGUACCCAAUUUGGUCCCAAGUUUCAGUCACAUGACGUCAGCGCUCGUGAGGCCCUUCCCCAAAAGCAAAAUUGCAAACUUUAUGAGUUCAGCGAGCUGCGUGGAGAACUUCUCGUGGCAGGCAUGCUGCGGCCGGCCAGCCCGUCAAUCCGCUUCGCGUCGUGUAUUGCCGUAGCGAGCACGUCGGGGAAAGGGGACGCACUGUGCAGACGUGCACUC